UCAAUGUGGGUAACGUAUUGUCUCGGCGCAAUUUGUUGUAUACGUUAUUCAGAUAUAUUUUCAAUGGCAGAACUAAUCAAUUGUUAAGCAAGUAUUGUAUUCUGCGAUCUUUAAAAAUAAGAAAAAAUGUUCGGUAUCCGUUCCGCCCGUUAACGUUUAUUACACUCAAUAGCGUGCUGGAAUAGUGUCAACUCGUGCCGGACGCUGAAUGCGCUUUGUUACUAUAGAAACUGGAUUUAUAAAUACUUGUAGGAAAAGUUGGAAUUGACAAAAUCAGAGUUAAUUCAUUUUCGUUACCCUAUCUUUUGUCAAAAUACUGUCUUUUUAAUGAGAUAGAAAUGUCCAGCAUUGAGGGAUAAUAAUCAGAUUUUACGUUAACGUAUAAACAUGCAAAAGACGUUAGUAAUAGUUAUAAUUAUUGGAAUUAUAAUUCCGUUAACAUCUGCACAAGUGUUGACCACAAAGUGUCCCAGCGCUGACUGGGUAAAGUACAAGGAGCGGUGCUAUUUGUAUGUUGGCUUCAAACACAGUUGGUCCAGGGCCAACGAAUAUUGUCAAAAAUAUGGUGCUAGACUCGUUGAACCAACUGGUUAUGUUAUACAUGACGAGGUUAUGACAGAGGUGGCCAGGAAAUUGCCAAACGCCAAUUCUAUAUGGACAGGGUAUCAUAGACCGGACAAUACCCAACCUAGCUACGUUGGUCAGUGGAGUGAUGGAAGAUCAACUUUUGUACAUGUUGGUCAAUGGGGACCUAGGCAACCAGAUAUACAUGCUGGCAUGUGUUCAUACGCCUCCACACAAGGUGACAGGAAAUGGUAUAUGGGGGACUGUGGUAGAGUUAGAGACUUUGUCUGCGAGAUGAACCCAUGUCCUGGAGGUACACGAAACACGUACAUGUGUAAUGGCAAAUGUUUGGGGGUAUCUGCUCUGUGUAAUGGUGUAAAUGACUGUGGUAACAACCAGGACGAACAAAAUUGUAACAGUAUUACAGGACAAGCUUGUACAUUUGAGUAUGAAGCAAACAGCGGACAGAUACCUCUUCAAAAAACAACCUCCGGCUUAUACAACCCCGGUGUCUCAUGUUCUUGGCUCAUAAAAUCUUCACCUGGGAAUCGAAUUGUGUUACAGUUUACUGAUUUCCGAACAGAAGAAAACACUGACUUUGUAGAAAUAUAUGAUGGGGGUAUGACGUCAUCUACUAGCGAGCUGUCCGUUCGUCUGUCCGGCUCUAUGUCAGACUAUACGUUCGUCAGUAGCUACAACUGUUUGACUGUCAGAUUCAUAUCUGAUUCAAGCGUGGAAUAUACCGGGUUCCAAGCUUCUUGGAGUACAAGUUUAGAGUGUAGUUACUCACAGAUAGUUGAUUACACAUACUCUAACACUGGUAUAAUGUACAGAAGUCUAGAAUUAUCAUCACGACAAAACACAGAUAGAUGUAUCAGUGAUUGUAGCGAUGUUAAUACAUGUGUUGGAUUCAGGUAUGAUUCUACAGAGAGGAUCUGCUACUUUCUCAACAAACUACCUGUACUUCAAAAAUCAACCGGUUCACAACUCUGGAUACAAAACUGCUAUGGAGAUACUUCUGUCCAAGGUGCUGUGCCUUUGUUACCAAGUCAACUUGUUGCUACGUCAAGCCCCAAACAGUUGGCCACGCCCCUUUAUCCGUACCCGUAUAUUGGUAAUAUGGAACUUGAAUACACAAUUACUACAUCAGCUAAUAAUCUAAUCGCACUUGAGGUUCUUACCAUAGAGCUAUGUUGCGGGGAUAAUAUCUAUAUAUACGAUCAAGACUAUGACCUUUUGCAUACGUUGACCUCUGCGUCAUCAACUACAACCAUAAUCUCUACAAGUAACACAGUACACGUGAAAAUGGAUCUUAACAAACAUUGGAAAUGUAACGGUGUACUGAUUGAGUACAAACAAGGUUGUGAUGUAACAAUGACCGGAAGCGGAAGUCUGUGGUCACCUGGGUAUGGCACCACUAAUAGUUAUCCAGAUUUGAUGAAAUGCCAAUGGACCUUGAACGCCCCAUCAGAUGAUCGGAGUAUUACUGUAAAAUUUGAUGAUUUUGAUUUAGAACAGGCUGACAAUAUCACGGUAACAGAUUCGGAUGGAACGGUGACAACGUACAAAGAUUCUUCUCUACAUAAACAAUCUAUUACGUCUGAAAGUUAUGUUAUAGUAACCAUGGAGACAAGCUCUAGGAGGAAUGGUAGAGGCUUUAUGGCCUCGUUUUCACCAGGGUGUCCUGUACUUAAUGCAGAGGGGUAUUCGUUAUCGUCACAAUCAUUUGACUUUGGUGAUCACGUGACCGUGUCAUGCGCAGAAGGAUAUUAUUUCGGUGCCGGAUACAGCCGAACGAUUAAUCUGUCAUGUAUGUCUGGUGGUCACUGGAAUAUGUCAGAUAUACCGACGUGUUCUCGAGGACAAUGCGGCCGGACACCGCUCAUCGACAAUGGCUAUAUUGUAUCGUCUAAGGGCGUUCUUGGCGGUGACGUCACGGUGUAUGCGUGCAAUGCAGGAUUUACUCUCCAUGGCACCUCCUCGAUCAGAUGUCUCGCUAACAGCAGCUGGGAGCCGGCUCCAACAUGCAGCUCUACACUUUGCCAGACAUUUACAAAUGUCGUGGAAGAUGUGACAGCAAAAGUGUUGCUAGGUGAUGGUUUGAACUAUGGCAGUGUUUUGAAUCUAACAUGCAAAGAACAAGGGCAGUUAAUCGGUGCACCAAUUGUACAAUGUAAAGACGGACUUUGGGACUUUAGUCUUGAGGAAGAUCAAUCUUACUGUGAACCCACACCGUGUGAAAUACCAAUGAUCGAUAAUGCGUUACUAUCACCAGAACCCGAGUAUUUUCAAGGUCAGGAGCUAAAUGUAACAUGCAUUAAGGGCUAUAACUUAGAGGGUGACCAAAGUUUCAGAUGUGGUACUGAUGACCCUCAGCCAACUUGCUCAAUACAAGAGUGCUCAUUGAACAGUUUUGGUCACGUGAUGGCGGUAGGCAGUAACGCUCCAUUUACAUAUGGCCAGACGGUGAACGUUACGUGUGAAUAUAGUUACUAUCUGGAAAACAUUAAAACUUCCCAAAUGAAGAUCACGUGCCUUAGCACGGGUGAAUGGAGUAACACGCCAAUUUGUGCAAAGAAGAGUUGUGGAGAAGUAUAUCAAGUUCCAGGAAGUGUUUAUGUACCAAAUCAACUUGAUAGGACUUUUUGCUACGAACACAACUGUUCGUUCGAGUUUCAAUGUCGGGAAAGAUAUGUUAGAGAAGGAAAUAGUAAUAAGGGAAACCAACGUGUAACUUGUGGAUACGUUUUUGACGGUCUCUGGGACUUCGGCGAUCUAAGAUGUAGAGGUGGACAAUGCCCGGACCCUGGCUACCCUGCAAGCGGAUUCUUAAUUGGUGAUACGUUCCAAGAGGAUGCCGUAGUAACAUUCGGGUGUAGUAAGUCAGGGUAUGAGCCUCUGGACUCCUUGGGUCAAGUUUCGUCGGGCAUGACUUGCCGGUACAACGCUACAUCCCAGCAGAUGGAGUGGGUAGGAGAAAUGCCCCAGUGUAUAGACACCCAAAGUCCUACUAUAUAUAAUUGUGAUAACGGAAGAGUAACAUACAGAGCCGAAAUGCUGACACCUCUAACAGUGUUCGAACCCUAUGCCACUGACAACACUGCUGUCAAGGAGUGGGACAUAUAUCCUGAAAACAUCGACUUGAAACAACCAUUUUCUGAGGCUACUACCAUUAACUAUGUGGCUAAAGAUUUCAAUGACAACCAAAGACUGUGUACUGUGGUUGUUGUUAUUCCAGAUUCAAUGGAUUGUAACAACCAACUGUCUACUAGUAUAACAUUGAAUUCGGACAGCACUAUCGUUGUUAGAGGCUCGACCUACUUACAACUUAAAAACCCCACUGCCCGCUUGGUCAUCGAACCAGAAAGUGUAACAGUUCAAGCAAACGCUUCCACACUGAAUACAAUACAUGCAGUACAGGCGACAACAUUUGACGGGUCAUCAGAUAUAAUUCUGGAUAAAUGUACCUUACAUUUUAGGUUCGAAGCUCCAGUUUGUGCAACUUGGGCGUUUGAUAUUCCGAAUGGUGUAAAGACAUGUACAGGUUUGUCUUGUACAGCUUCAUGUAAUACUGGUUCGUAUUUUAUGGAGGCGCCAGGCACGAACUCCAUAAGUAUGACAUGUAACAGUCAAGGCUGGAGCCGGGAACCACCCGUCUGUGCAACUGCGACAUCUAGUUACGUGAUUUACACGGCCCGUUACGAUUUCAAGUAUUUUGUACAAGGUGGUGUUUCCGAUAAAACAGCUUGCGAGACUUUGUAUACUCCGGGGAUACAGCAGCGUCUACAAGCGUUCGCUACAACAAUGGAGGGGUUAUGUAACGCCAAUAGUAAUAACCCAGUCACCGUGACGCUUCUAUCAGAAAAAACUGUUAUAACAUUCACAUUGGCAACAUCAAGACUUGAUGUUCGUUUUGAAUAUCAACUCAAUGUUCAAGAUGAAACUCUGUCUAACGCAUUAAGCGUUAAGGAACAAUGCGCAAACACAAUUACGUCCAGUCUAAAUACUAAACAAAACAUUGAUGACGUCAGCACUCUACCGGCCAUUUCUGAUACAGCCAAUGGGGUCACUUGUAACUCAGGGGUUUACGAUUUGUCAUCUUCAACACCGUCGUACCAGUACAUGUGCCAGGGCAAUAGACGUUUCUACAACCAAGGAACACAGUUGUCUUGCUUGGAGUGUCCCAAGGGUUAUUAUUAUUACAACGACCAGGCGUCAAACACGCACAAUUGUUUGAAAUGUCCGUCGGGGACAUAUGGUACCGAGACGGCCGACGGUAUGGCUUGUGUAUCUUGUUCAAACGGCAAAAAUACGGGACUAACUGCCCAAACAGAUGUGUCAGUGUGCAAUUUUAAAGAUGCAUGUCCACCUGGCUAUUUUUCAUUCGAUGGGUUAACACCAUGUACACUAUGCCCGAAGAAUUACUACAGUGUGGCACCGUAUAGUCACACGUGCGAACCGUGCGAUGGUAGUAUGGUAACUUAUGAAACGGGGUCAACAUCAGAGAGCGCUUGUAAAACUUUAGAUGAGGCGAUAGCUGAUAAUGCCGAAACGCCUUGCACUCCGAGCCCGUGUGUAAAUGGUGAAUGCUCCUUUAAAAGAUUGAAUUAUUUCUGUACAUGUCCGGCAGGAUUCACGGGCAAGAGAUGUGAGAGUCCUAUGAACGGAUGCACGGGAAAACCGUGCAAAAACGAGAGGACAUGUACUGUGGCAUCAGAUGGCCUUGGGUUUACAUGUACCUGUGGUAGUUCCACCACUACACCCAACGAAUUCUCGGGCACUCUUUGUGAAAACGACGACUUUGGUUGUUCUCCGAGCUAUUGUAAGAAUAAUGGUACCUGCCAUAACCAGUAUCAAAGUUUCUCAUGUAAAUGUCCGACAUAUUCCGGUUAUCAAAAUGCAGAUCCAAGAGGUACUGGCAGCGGAACAUGUAAUACCAAGAUAAACCCCUGCUCCGUAGACCCGUGCGAGCACGGCACGUGUUACAACAACAGUCAUUUCUAUAAAACAUGCGAUUGUUAUCCAGGAUUUACAGGCAUCUAUUGUAAUGCAAGUAUAGAUGACUGUAGUCCAAAUUUUUGUGAGAAUGGAGCCACGUGUAUAGAUGGCGUUAACUCGUUCACUUGUAACUGUGUCGACGGUUACCAUGGACACUACUGCCAAUUCAGAAAAGCCUGCGACAAAAAGUGUGGAAGCCCGGAUGAACAAUUUUGUAACACGUGUAACGAUGACAACACGGACACGUGUUUAAAUGUCAACGAUGAUUUCCAGUGUCAAUGUCUUGACGGUUACGCAGGAAGAUCAUGCGAGAUUGAGACUUCAAUAUGUAAAAGUUACCCAUGCAAACAUGGCGGCAAUUGCACAGCCAACAACGCAACUUCUUUCACUUGCUCUUGUAUCCAGCCGUGGACAGGCCGAUUCUGUGAUCAGUUACCAAACAGAUGUCCGAAUGGGAACAUGUGUUUUAACGGAGGCACGUGUUAUAGUACGUCGUCAGGAUAUAGAUGCAAAUGUCCAGAUAACUAUAUUGGUGAUGAUUGUUCCGUGGCAUACGACUUAUGUGCACGUGCCAACCCAUGUAGCGGUAACGAAAGUACUUGCUCGUUUGAAAAUGGCAAUUUCGCAUGCGAUUGUCAAACAGGCUACAGCGGCAACUUUUGUGAGAACGUGCUUCCCACGUGUUCUGAUAAUGUCUGUAAGAAUGGAGCCACGUGUACAAACACGGAAAAUGGUGUAACUUGUGACUGUGCUGACG